AUGGAGAGUAGCGCAUAUCCAACAAGAAGCCCUCUGUGGGUAGCUCCUCUACCUUUGCAAGACGGCACCAGACGGAUUAAUAGCGUUCUCAUUGCGAAUCGGGGCGAGAUUGCUUGCCGAGUUAUUGCGACGUGCCGAAAGCUCCAGGUCAAGUCUAUCGCGAUUUAUGCCGACGAAGAUGCUGUCUCCAGGCACGUGUCAGAAGCCGAUGAAGCCAUCAACCUUGGCUCAAUGGAUAAUACAGACGGCAAUCCUUUCUUGAACAUUCAGCUCCUCGUCGAUACCGCCCUCAAUGCUGGAGCCGACGCCAUCCACCCUGGAUACGGAUACUUGAGCGAAAAUUCCCGGUUUGCAGACGCAGUUCGAGCUGCGGGAAUGAUCUUCAUCGGACCCAGUUCAUCAGCUAUCAACACCUUGGGAGACAAGCGAGAAGCCAAAGAGUACCUCAGCGAACAUGAGCCCAGUGUUCCUUUGAUCCCCGGGUUUACGGGCUCUUCUAGUGGAAUCCAGCUCGAAGACUUGCAAGUUCAGGCUGAGAGGAUUGGUCUUCCCGUCAUGAUCAAGGCAUCAGCUGGAGGUGGCGGAAAAGGACUGCGCAUUGUCAGAGACAUGUCGGCCCUAGAAUCAGAAUUCAACAGAGCCCAGUCCGAGGCGCAGCGAUCUUUUGGUUUGAGCGACUGCAUCAUGGAAAAGUACAUCGAAGCAGGAAAACACGUCGAAGUCCAGAUCAUGGGCGACAGCCACGGAAAGGUCAUCUCGUUGUGGGAACGGGACUGCUCAGUUCAGCGCAGGCAUCAGAAAGUUGUUGAGGAGUCACCCUGUCCUUGGCUCAAUCAGUCGCAGAGGGAAGCCAUGUGCGCUGAAGCUGUCAAGAUUGGAGAACUGCUGAAAUACGAAGGAGCUGGAACUGUCGAGUUCAUUCUCGAUGUUGCGACCGGAAACUUUUACUUCCUCGAGGUCAACGCCCGCCUACAAGUCGAACACCCCAUCACAGAGGAAUGCACCGGCCUCGAUCUCGUUUCCCUGCAACUCUUUGUAGCUUCUGGUGGAAGUUUGGAGAGUGUCUCUCAUCUCCAGACCAUCCCUCAGAAAGGACAUGCCAUCGAGUGCAGACUCUGCGCAGAAGAUCCCCAACGCGACUUUGCCCCCCAACACGGUCUUAUCCGCGUAUGGGCCCCUUCGACAAUCGAGAGUCGAGAGAAUGUGCGCUUCGAGACGGCCAUUGAGAGUGGAGCCAGGGUUUCCAUCUACUUUGACUCAAUGAUAGCCAAGAUUGUGGUCUGGGCUCCCACACGAUCCAUGGCUAUUCAGAGAAUGGCACGCAUUCUAUCAGACACGGUUUGCAUGGGAGUCUCAACAAAUCAGCACUUUCUUCAAGCCUGUCUUCUCCACGAAGGGUUUCGACGGGUGGACUACACGACCUCAUUCAUCCCGACCAACCUCGAGUCGCUUCUCAAGAGUCCU